UAAUUUUUAUUAAAAAUGAUUUUUUGGCAAACUAGGCGGUACUAUGGAAAGCGGCAUAACUCUUUGUUCUUAUUUGGUAGAAACGCAAAUACCAAGUUAUUCCUUCCCCUGAUCAUGUUAUAUGAUCUCAGAAGGCGCUUCAGUUGCAGUUAGAAGUGGCAGGAAAAUUUUGGAACUAAAAAUUAUAUUACAUUCUGCGUAAUUUGUGUUUUAAAUAAUACGAUUAUAUUGUGACUUGAGAAGAAAAAGGAUUAUAUUCUGUAGUUAAUUAGCAACCGUUUUAUCAGAAAUGCCAUCCAAAGAACCAAAAAGAUGUAAUCGUAAACGGAAAAGCACACAGAGGCUUGGAGAAGUUAUUGAAAACCUAGGCAGUUCAGAUUUGGGACUGGGUGUAUCUAUAGACAAUUCUGUACCAAGCUCUUCAAAUCCAAAUAUUAAUUCCGGCCAGCUGUCAGCUGAUAAUUCACCUGUACAGUCCAAUCCAAUUGAUCCAAAUACGUAUAGUGAUGACCAAAUUCUGAGAAUAUUGACGGUCGCAACUCCAAUUAUCACCCAAACAGUAGUUACAAUACCCAAAAGCACUGGUGUUAUUCAAGGCAGGAAUGUAAACUCACCAGAUCCAACUUUGAUACCAACACACCAAGGUGUUAAUUCCAUUUGUCCACCAAGGCAAGAUACCACUACAUGUAAUACAACAGAGAUGACGACACCAUCCCAGUCCCACUCAACAAAUAUUAUUGAUAAACAAUCAUCUGAGAGCAGUCAUCCGUCCUGCUCAAAUGUGAUUAGCAGAAGCGGUCAACAGUGUUUCAUGCCAACUGAAGGAUCUCCGAGUCAACAGGUGGUGAACCAUCUUCUACAGGGCACUCCAAACACAGGUACAUGUUCAAACGAGUUAGGAGGCCAGGGUUUAUCACGCCCACUGGCUUUGGGUGUGGACCCAAAACUGAAAGCUGAUAUUUGGUCUAACAAAUACAUUAAUCUGAAGGAUUUCUUGAAAUCCAAAUCCAGAGUUGUUAGUAUGUUCCAAUAGAGAAAGAUGAUUGUUUAACAUUUGUUAAAAAUAGUAGUAGUAAGGCAAAAAAUAAAUUGAGUCAAUGGCACAGUGGCAUGUAGCUUUUCGCAUUCAUGGGGCAAUUUAUUUUGAAAAAUACCCUACUGAAUCCCCGAAGCUGAUGAAAUAUGCGACUAUCAUUGCAAACUUGGCAGAAAAAGCUGGAAUUGAGGCUGCAUUUUUUUUUUUUAUUUUUUUUUUUUUUUUUUUUAUGAUCAAGCAUAUAGGUAGUGGAGGGAAGUAGACCCUUUGCACUUACCAUGGGAUGGUGUAAAUGGGGAAAUAUUCAAUGUGGCGUUAGCUAUGGGGCUUAUUGGGAAAACUAAUGCCACGAAACAGCCCUCUCUUACACA